CAACCGCCGACAUAUUAGGCGAGAUGAGUCACAGCCUAGAGAACGGAAUGGAACUCCGUGUGGAUUCUGUAACCUUACACCGGUCGCUAGUGAGUCACGGUCUUAACGAUGUCUCGAGUUAUCAGUACAGACACUAUUGAACAGAGCCUCACCAACCCCUUGAACAUUCAUAUUCAAGCUCCACAUCCAAUACGCAUCCAAUUUACAGCGAUCACUACCAGCAUGCACUCGCACCGCAGGGUCAGAACACCAGACAGGCUCCCAAAGACUUUCGAUGAGAAAGGCUGCUCGCGAGUACCCUGACGACCUCUGUUGCCCAAUGUGUCAUAUGGAAACAAGAAAAGGAAAGAGGAGAGAAAGAUGAGGUACCCAUAUCAAAAGUAUAUUUCGACAAGAACAGGACAGUAUGGGUCAGCCAGAGUUUCCCCAAGCGUCAUCUAAAGCUGGAUGCCAUGUUGAGGCAUGUGCUAUAUGGGAUGGAAGGCUAGACACGUGGGAGACAAACCUUGUUGUGCUUGGGUCUGAUACGCUUUUGCUUGAUGAGUGUUACCAGAUCGUGGCUGCUCCGUGUAAAUAAUACUAUAAGCAAGACAGCGUCUAACAUCUGAC